UCCCCGUAUCGAGAUCACCACAGCGCUUAUAUCUUCCACCCCGCGGGCGCCAUGUCUCAAAUAAAAGCAUCGUCAAAUCUUCCUCCCCUUCCGCUACCGGACGGAGUUACAUCGCAAUACGUCUAUUGCCCGUCCAGCGGCCUCAAGGUGCACUACCUGGAAUCCGGAUACGACCCCUCUAACCAAAAGCCACUCCUCCUUCUGAUACAUGGCUUUCCCGAACUCGCCUUCUCAUGGCGCGAAGUCAUGGCUCCACUGGCAUCGGCUGGGUAUCACGUGGUAGCUUUUGAUCAGCGCGGUUACGGGCGCACAACAGGCUGGGAUGACUCAACCUACACCAAGACCGAUUUCUCGCAGUUCAAUUACUCAAACCUCGUUCGAGAUGUCGUUGUCUUUGUCGCAGCUUUGGGACACACGAGCGUGCGGUGUGUCAUUGGGCAUGAUUUCGGUGCCGUGACGGCUGGAUACUGUGCGCUCAUGAGACCGGACCUCUUCACCAGUGUAAUCACAAUGUCGCAUCCGUUCAAACCAGUUCCAACUCUCCCAUUUGGCCUGGCGCACUCUUCGACUUCAAUCGAUUCAUCAAGUGAAUCCCAACCCGCCGACAUCCACAAGGAACUAGCACAACUCCCAGAACCACGCAAACACUACAAAUGGUACAAUGCCACCGCCGUAGCAGCGCUCCAAUGGUCUGUUCCAUCUCAAGGCCUCAAAGAGCUUCUAAGAGGGUAUUUCCACGUCAAAUCUGCCGACUACGCUCCCAACAAACCGCACAAGCUCGAAUCCUGGACAGCUCCCGAACUCGCCAAAAUGCCGCACUACUACAUCCUCCCAUUGUACUCUUCCAUGCCCGAAGCGAUCGCAAACCUCAUGCGCACUGAAGACGCGUCCAAAACCCUAUCUUGGCUUUCCGACGACGAUCUCAACGUCUAUGUGCAGGAGUGGUCGCGCACGGGAUUUCAAGGUGGCCUGAACUGGUACCGCGUUUCGACGGACCCCGAGAAGACGAGAGAUAUGGCUUUGUUUGCGGGAAAGAAGAUUGAGUGCCCGAGCUUUUUCCUGUCGGGAAAGAGUGAUUGGGGGAAUUAUCAGGAACCCGGGGUAUUGGAGGGAUUGGGAGAUGCGUGCCGGGAUUUUAGAGGCGUGAAGUUUAUUGAGGGCGCGGGACACUGGGUCAUGCAUGAAAAGCCAAAAGAGGUUGUGGAUGGGGUUUUGGAGUUUUUGAGUGGAUUGUAA